AAUUCGAUAUACAUUUUUUUUGUAAAAGCGGAUUUUUUUAUUUCCUUGAACCACGCAAAAAUUUGUUAAUAUUUCCGAUUUCAUCUUCUUAUUACCAGAUGCUCCAUAGGAAUAAAUCAUUAUUCUUUUCCACUACAAAUAAAUAUUUCAAAAAUCCAUUUUUUAUUAUUUUUAUUUGAUUCCAAAAUUAGCUAUUGUUUUGUUAUUGCAACAAUGCAAUGCAAUAGAGAACAAAUGUGAGAAGGGAAAGGGGUUUUCAUUUCCAGUCUACUAUCUACUAUAUAAUAUAAUAUAUAAUAUUUAACUUAGUAUUUAAUAUUUAAUUUAGGGUCAGGGGAAAAAUAGAGAAUUUUCUUUUUUUUUGUUUGGCCCACUCGGUGGUAUGAGUCAUAGAGCAAUUAAUUCAGGGUUCAAAUGGUUAUUAAAGAAUGGGAAUAGUAAGGGCUAAUCGAAUCGAACUGAUGGAUUUACCUAGGUUGGUUUGUGGUCCAAUAGAAAAGAAAAUAGAAAGGAAGAAUUUGUAUCUUCGAAACCUAUCGUAAAAGGCAUUGAACGAGGAAUCGCCCAAUAGAUAAUCGAACUAUUGUAUGCCCCAAAAAUGAUAUGAGGUGUUCGGAAAUGGUUGAAGUAGUUGAAUAGGAGGAUCACUAUGACUCUAACCCUUGGUAAAUUUACCAAAGAAGAAAAUGAUUUAUUUGAUAUUAUGGAUGAUUGGUUACGCAGAGACCGUUUCGUUUUUGUGGGUUGGUCCGGUCUAUUGCUCUUUCCUUGUGCUUAUUUCGCUUUAGGAGGUUGGUUCACAGGUACAACUUUUGUAACUUCGUGGUAUACCCAUGGAUUGGCCAGUUCCUAUUUGGAAGGUUGUAAUUUCUUAACCGCUGCAGUUUCUACUCCUGCGAAUAGUUUAGCACAUUCUUUGUUGCUACUAUGGGGUCCCGAAGCACAAGGAGAUUUUACUCGUUGGUGUCAAUUAGGCGGUCUGUGGACUUUUGUAGCUCUCCAUGGUGCUUUCGCACUAAUAGGUUUUAUGUUACGUCAAUUUGAACUUGCUCGAUCUGUUCAAUUACGACCUUAUAAUGCAAUCGCAUUCUCUGCUCCAAUUGCUGUUUUUGUUUCUGUAUUCCUGAUUUAUCCACUAGGUCAGUCUGGUUGGUUCUUUGCGCCCAGUUUUGGCGUAGCAGCUAUAUUUCGAUUCAUCCUCUUCUUCCAAGGGUUUCAUAAUUGGACGUUGAACCCAUUUCAUAUGAUGGGAGUUGCCGGAGUAUUAGGCGCUGCUUUGCUAUGCGCUAUUCAUGGUGCUACCGUAGAAAAUACUUUGUUCGAAGAUGGCGACGGUGCAAACACCUUCCGUGCUUUUAACCCAACUCAAGCUGAAGAGACUUAUUCAAUGGUGACUGCUAACCGCUUUUGGUCCCAAAUCUUUGGGGUUGCUUUUUCCAAUAAACGUUGGUUACAUUUCUUUAUGUUAUUUGUACCAGUAACCGGUUUAUGGAUGAGUGCUCUUGGGGUAGUUGGUCUGGCUCUGAACCUACGUGCCUAUGACUUCGUUUCCCAAGAAAUCCGUGCAGCAGAAGAUCCGGAAUUUGAGACUUUCUACACCAAAAAUAUUCUCUUAAAUGAAGGUAUUCGUGCUUGGAUGGCAGCUCAGGAUCAGCCUCAUGAAAACCUUAUAUUCCCUGAGGAGGUUCUACCCCGUGGAAACCUCUUUAAUGGAACUUUAGCUUUAGCUGGUCGUGACCAAGAAACUACCGGUUUCGCUUGGUGGGCCGGGAAUGCCAGACUUAUAAAUUUGUCUGGUAAACUACUUGGGGCUCACGUAGCCCAUGCCGGAUUAAUCGUAUUCUGGGCCGGAGCAAUGAACCUAUUUGAAGUGGCUCAUUUCGUACCAGAGAAACCCAUGUAUGAACAGGGAUUGAUUUUACUUCCCCAUCUAGCUACUCUGGGUUGGGGGGUAGGUCCGGGGGGGGAAGUUAUAGACACCUUUCCCUACUUUGUAUCUGGAGUACUUCACUUAAUUUCUUCUGCAGUCUUAGGCUUUGGGGGUAUUUAUCAUGCACUUCUCGGACCUGAGACUCUUGAAGAAUCCUUUCCAUUCUUCGGUUAUGUAUGGAAAGAUAGAAAUAAAAUGACUACAAUUUUAGGUAUUCACUUAAUUUUGUUGGGUAUAGGUGCUUUUCUUCUAGUACUCAAAGCUCUUUAUUUUGGUGGUGUAUAUGAUACUUGGGCCCCGGGGGGAGGAGAUGUAAGAAAAAUUACCAACUUGACCCUUAGCCCAAGCGUUAUAUUUGGUUAUUUACUAAAAUCCCCUUUUGGGGGAGAAGGUUGGAUUGUUAGUGUGGACGAUUUAGAAGAUAUAAUUGGGGGGCAUGUAUGGUUAGGUUCUAUUUGUAUAUUUGGCGGAAUUUGGCAUAUCUUAACCAAACCCUUUGCAUGGGCUCGCCGUGCAUUUGUAUGGUCUGGAGAGGCUUACUUGUCUUAUAGUUUAGGUGCUUUAUCUGUCUUUGGUUUCAUCGCUUGUUGUUUCGUCUGGUUUAAUAAUACCGCCUAUCCUAGUGAAUUUUACGGACCCACCGGACCAGAAGCUUCUCAAGCUCAGGCAUUUACUUUUCUAGUUAGAGACCAACGUCUGGGGGCUAACGUGGGAUCUGCCCAAGGACCUACUGGGUUAGGUAAAUAUCUAAUGCGGUCCCCGACCGGAGAGGUUAUUUUUGGAGGAGAAACUAUGCGUUUUUGGGAUCUACGUGCUCCUUGGUUGGAACCCCUAAGGGGUCCCAAUGGUUUGGACUUGGGUAGACUGAAAAAAGACAUACAACCUUGGCAAGAACGACGUUCGGCGGAAUAUAUGACCCAUGCUCCCUUAGGUUCUUUAAAUUCCGUGGGUGGCGUUGCUACUGAGAUCAAUGCAGUCAAUUAUGUCUCUCCUAGAAGUUGGUUGGCUACCUCUCAUUUUGUUCUAGGAUUCUUCCUAUUUGUGGGACAUUUGUGGCAUGCGGGAAGGGCCCGUGCAGCUGCAGCAGGAUUUGAAAAAGGAAUCGAUCGUGAUUUGGAACCUGUUCUUUCCAUGACCCCUCUUAGCUGAGAUUUUCUUAUUUAGUUCUAUUUUUUUUUCUGUUCUGGCUCUCGGCUAUCCCACCUAGCCGAGCCAUUCCCUUUUAUGAUAAGAUAGCGGGCCAAACCAAACGAAUAAAGAAACAAAUUUAUUCAACAAACAAAAG